AUGGAAAAGUUAUUGGAGUGCACAGACGAGUUUGAUGUAGAGCUGUUUGACUUUGUAAUAAAGACAUUUUAUGACCCAAUGGACAAAGAGCACAAGAGAGCAGAAACUGUACUGCUUCGGUACAGAGAGCAUCCAGACAGUUGGGCGCACACAGCAGCUGUAGUGAAGGACAGCAGGGACCCACGGGCAAAAGUAUUUGCAGUGCAAGUACUUGAAAGGGCAGUAAAAAUACGCUGGACAAUGCUUACAGAGGAGCAGAAGAAAGGUGCCCGGGAGUAUGUUGUAGACAAGAUAUUAGACCUGGCCACACAGACCCAGGCAGAAAGCAAAGUUUUAGUCAAGCAGUUCAACCAGGUAUUAAUUGAAAUAAUAAAGAGGGAGUGGCCAGAGAAGUGGCCUACCUUAAUAGGCGACUUAUUAGAUGCAAGUAAAGGGGACUGCAGCGUAUGCGCAAACAGUUUCAAUCUUCUGGCACUGCUGUGUGAUACCGUGUUUAACUUUAAUGAGUCUCUGGUGAGUGAGCGUGUGAGUGCCCUGCAGGCCCAGAUGAAGAAUGAGCUGGGGAGUAUUUACGAAAUGGUCGUGAAUAUCCUGGAGAAAGUAAGCAGUGGUGAGAUAUACGUGCCUAAUGACUUGACUAUUUCAUCAUUAAACCUUCUGCUGAUUAUGGUACCGCAGCUACCCGCUGAGUGCUUAUUCCAGCCGGCUCUACUGGAUGUAGUUGUAAAGUACAUUGAGUCUGAAUUUGCGACGCAUGCAGUGCAAGUGAUCCGGAGUGUAUUCACCCGCAAGGAGGCGUGUACUUCAACGGAGGCUUUUAUUGGUGUGCUCAGGAAGUGUUUUGUGGGUGUAGGGGCAUUCUUUGAGAAGUACUUCAGGAUGUUCAAUGCGUCACACACUGGCGGGAUAAAGGCGCACUAUGCAUCAUUCCUUCCAAAGGACGUUAAUCUUAUCAGGGAGGUGGUUCUGUUUUAUGGGAUUGCGUAUAAGUACUGUAAAGAACUAGAGAAGACUCCGUGCAAUACGACGAUUCCCCUGCAGCUGAUGCUGGAGAUAUCCCAAGUGACUGAUUUUGAGUUAUUCCGGCUGUGCCUGGAGUUCUGGUCGAUGUUUGUUAAGGAUCUGUUCUUAGAAUUCCCGUUCGUGCCUGCCCCGAGCAAGCCACCUGCAGGCCUCAGAAGGACGCAUUAUACAGAGAUUCUCAGCAGCUUAGUGCCCGUCCUGGUGGCGCAGAUGCAGAGACCUGAAGAAGUGAUUAUCGCAGAGAAUGAGGAUGGUGAGAUCAUCCUGGAGAAGCUAGUUGAUACAGAAUCCAUCCAGCACCAUAAGGAAAUGAACGAGUUAGUAUACCACAUAUCCUCAAUGACACCGGGCGGUCUUGGGCCGUACUUCUGCAGUGAGAUUAACAAGCUGCGGACAGGCAAGUGGACACGUGACAGACUGAAUAAAGUAUCCUGGGCUGCAGGGAGUAUAGCAGGCACGUCCAGCCCAAUGGGCGAGAAAGAGUUCUUAACACAGAGUAUACAGGGCCUGCUGGCAAUGUGUGAAGAAGCAGAUGAGGAGGGGAACAGGGCCGUUGUGGCUUCAUGCCUUAUGUAUAUUUUAGUCAGGAAUCCGCUGUACCUUAAGACGUACCCGCUCCUGCUGGAAGCCAUUUGCAAUAAGAUGCUCCAGUUCAUUAUUGAUGUGGACUUAGUCGGUGUGUCAGAGAUGGCGUGUGAUACGCUUUUAAAGAUUAUGUCCUCCUGCCAUGACGUACUCCGAGUUCCACUGGCUGCAGGCAAGCAGUGCUACAUCCUAGACGUAUUCCCGCAUAUGCCUAAGCUUCUGAAUGUACUAAAGCCGUACUUAGCAGAAGUUCUAUUUGAAGCCCUCUCGUACCUCUCUGAGGAGCACAUUGAUAAGCUGCUGCACUUACCCCUCAUGGACUUAUUCACGCCGGUGCUUGACAGUGCGGACAGUAUUCAUAAAGUGGUCAGGGCGGUUAGGCUGAUUAAAGUAGUGUGCACGGUAGAGAUAUCCGAGGAGUUCAGCAGUUCGCGUGAGCCAGUGAUUGGGAAGGCACUCAGUCAAGUCCAUGCGAUAUACAGUGCACUGCCGAAUGGGGCUGUACAGCCGGCCGUACUGAACAGGUCACUUAUAAUCCUCAGGAAGGAGAUACUCUCGGUGUACACUACGAUCGGGAGGACUUUCUCGAUUAACUUUAUACUCGGUGAGUUCAUGAGUCUCUGGUCACAGGUAUUCGCAUGCCCUCUUACGGUCGACGCACCUGCUGCGAUUGAGAAAUUAGGACUGCUCGCUGAGCUAAGUAAAAGGACCGUUGAGGGCACAGCCCCGUUAGUGGAAAGUGUCUCAGCGGCCAUAGCACCGCAAGUGUUUGCAGCACCUGAGGAGCGGGAGGAGGAGAUGAAAGCGUUCUAUAAAAUGCUCUGUGCAUCCAUUCAUACAAAGCCGCAGAUGAACAAUCUUCAGAUGAUCGAGUGGCUGGCGAUGGGGGUGAGCCACUCAAACAGGGAAGUAUACGAAGAGUGCAUACGCGUACUGGCCAAGGUGAUAGAGAAGACUUCUAUUGAGAUAAUCAGGCAGGGGUUCAUGGGCUUAUUAGAGUGCGUGCUGGGGACUGCCCUUGAUAAGGAUCAUGAGGGCGGGAUGAGUGCCCUGCUUGUGGCCCUGUCCCUGUUAAUCAGGUACAGCAUAGACGGCCGGUGUGCUUCUCAGUCGCAGGUACUGGAAGUGUUUGGUGGGAAGCUUCACGGGGUAUUCCCGCACAUUAACCCGGCGUGCAUUGAGGAGUUCAUUUUCCGGUGCUACCGGGAUGUUGAUUCACACGGCGGUCUUCUUACGGCGAUAAAUGACUUCCGUGUUAAAAUCAAGACUGUUUGAAUUUAUGGGGAAA